AUGUAUCUAGGUGCUUGCUCCAGGCAAAACAGUCAUCAUACUGACUUUCCUCCUUCCUUCACCUUCUUCAUAGUCUCCGUCAACUUUCCGGUCUUCGCUUCCCUAUGCUCAAUUCUGAUACGGUCUCCACAGCUCAAUCCUACUCCACCACAAUGGCCUUGGGUUCACAGGGGGCAGAUGAUCUGCCGAAAAUCAUCAUAUCAUGCAGGAAGGCGAUGGCUGGUUCUGGAGAUCGAGCAGGAGGUCCCGAAUCACACCAGCACGACUCAGAGACAGGACCAGCUCUCACCUGCUUCUUUCUUCCCGUCUCUCACUCCCUCGGCUAUCCUUUCUGACCUUAGUAUUCUGUCUGCAUGCAAGCUGCGUCUACCAUCCGUCUAA